AUGGCAUUCAGCCACUCUACUACAGUGCAAAAUGUUGGCGCAGAGUCGGUAGCGAAGGAAGGCAAAGAGUUCUUAGAAAUUCUAACCGACGAGCUAGGGCUGCCGGGUGUUAAUGGCGACGUCAAGCUGAGGCUGCUCUCUCGGCCGUGGCCAGCGGACAACUUGCCGCCUACGACAGCGUCUCUACUCGGAGUAGCCUCUCAAAAAGGUCUGGUUGCGGCUGCCGGUCCGGAUGAGCUGGUGAUCACAUCCACCGACAAGAUUCGUAGCCACUUUCUUGACACCUUCGACAAGUCCAAGAACGAAUCUCCAAUUCGUGAUUUCGAGCCCAACACUCGAAUAUCACGAUCAAGGCUCGCACAUGUGGCUUUCACUGCUGAUGAGAACAUUCUCCUCGUGUCGGCUCAAGAGGGCGGAGGCAUCGAUGCAUACAGGGUACAGGAUCUCGAUAAUGCGCAAGCGACGCCAGCGUUGCAAAUCUCGACAGAAGGGAAAGCUUUACGAGCCCUUAUCCCCAAUCCUGCACCCGAUGCGAGCGCAUUGGUCGCCGCAGUAACCACGGACGGGGAAUUGUUGCUUGCUGAUCUGAGGGAAGGUGCCAUCCGCCCGGGGACAAAAGGUCCCGUAUUGCAAGACCGUGUCAGCUGCGUCUCAUGGAGCAACAAGGGCAAGCAAAUUGUUGCAGGGUUGGCUGAUGGCUCUGCCGUGCAGCUGAAGCCAGAUGGGUCAACAGUCGCAGUCAUUCCGAGGGCCACCUCCAGCGCCGACGGAAGCUUCGUCACCGCCAUCUCCUGGCUACAAAACGAUACCUUUCUCAUAAUCUACUCGCCGCAGGGUACAGAAGGUCCAGCGCCACCCACCGAAUUCUUCAUCGUAGAUCGAGAGCCGAAGACUGCGAAUUUCACCUACAACAAGCUUCCAGAAGCGGUCGCUCUUUUUGGAAAGGAUCGCUUGCCCACUCACUUCUACCUGAAUCGCUUGCGAGAUUUCCCUCCUCAUCUCAAAGAACUGAUCGUUGUAUCUGCAACCAGCAGUGGCGAUGUCGGACUAAUAUCCAAAUCCGACAAGCCGUUGUCUCACGACAAUGUGAGCCCGAACGAUUAUUCCAUGACUGCGAUCGCCGACGACAGCCGGCGGGCUGCACUUCCCCUGUCCGUUGAGCAGUCAGACACAUCUCCCAUAGGCAUGGCUCUUGAUCUAUCAAGCAAAGAACCUGUCAUGAACCCAAUACCAACCGAGAUCGAUAUCAUUGAGUCACCCAAUCCAGUACCUCAGCUGCUCGUACUCAAUGAUGAGGGCAUCCUGUCGUCAUGGUGGAUCGUGUAUCACGACUCCGUGAAGGAGAAGACUCUUUACCCCGGCAUGGAUGAGUCUGCUCCAGUUGCUCAAAGCACUGCUUCCCCGCCUCCCACGGCUACUUCUCAAUCGCAGGCUCAAGCGAACCGGCCCGCGAGCACAUUUGCAGCUCCGGCUUCUACAUUCGGGCAACCCAGCUUUGGAACCACGCCAGCUGCCACGAAACCGACGGCUACAGGCUUUGGCACAGGCACUGGGUUUGGAUCUUCUUCGGGAAACGUCAAUGGCGGUGCUGCCGAGAGUUCGUUCGGGAAGCCGUCAACCAUCGGUGGUGGAAGCUCGUCUUGGACCUCUACCGGCUUUGGCAGCGCUUCCAACAGUCAAGGUGGAGCAUCAGGGUUCGGUCAGCCAGCAUUUGGCUCAGCAUCUACCAUUGCUGGCGGUAGUAGUUCGGGUUUUGGAGCCCCAAGCGCGCUUGGAAAGCCUGCAUUCGGUCACGCAGCCGGCGCGCCUGCUUUUGGUAAUUCUGGCUUUGGCACCAAGGCUGCUGGAUUCGGAACAGCUCCUACAUCGUCAAGCCCGUUCGGUGGUGCGAGUGGCUCCGGCACCUCAGGGUUUGCAUCCUUCUCAAAGGCCGGAGGCUUUGGUACGCUCCGUGCAAAGGAGGCCGAGAAGCCAGCCAGCCCUUUCGGCCAGGCCUCUGGAGGUGGCUUUGGUGGUUUUGGGGGGCAAAAGGAUGAAAAGACGAGCAGUCCUUUUGCCCAGACAUCUAGCAAUAACGGUUCGGCCUUCGGCAAGCCCACAACGUUUGCGAGCGGCUCAAGCGGUGCAUUCGGAGGCUUUGGAGGCGCGGUCUCCCAAUCUGCAACCCAGUCAUUUGGCAAAGCAGGAGGUUUCACGCUUGGCUCCUCGUUCAAGGGCGAUGGCUCGGCCAAAGAUGAUCUGCCGAAACCUACGAACGCUGGAGGCGGCUUCGGCUUCGGCAGUAGCCUGGAUGACAUGCUGGGUGACUCCCAAAAGGUGACAUCGCCCACACAUGACAAGGAGGAAGAGAUGUCCGAGGGUAUCGCCAGUGACAAGUCGGAACCACCGGCGGAGAAGCCAUCCACGACACUGCCAUCCUUUGGGCAGAGAGAGCCGCCAAAGACCCUGGUCACGCCACCCUCAAGUAUUGGCCAGCCCAAAGCCACUCCAGCCCCGCCUGUGUCGAAUCUCUUUGGGGCGCCGACUACUCAAAGUACGACCCCACAGCCUCCUCCUCCAUCGUCCACAGGCUGGAGCUUCGGUAACGUGCCGUCAACGACUCCCAAGGAACCCCCAACGGCCCCACCCUCAACAACUCCUAAAGAAACACCCGCUCCUCAGUCCAUCUUUGGUCAAAAGCCACAUUCAGGGCCAGUGCCCUUCAAUGCCAACAAGGAGAAAGUGGACGGAGUAACUGCAAUCAAACAGGAAGAAGCUAGUGAUGACGAGUCGGUUGACUUGAACCAGAUUCCCCAGGCUCCCCUCCCGCCGGAUACGGUUUCUAAACCACGGUAUGUCUCCGGCGACACUUCGGCUUCCUCAUCUAACUCUAGAAGCACUCAAAGCACUGAUGAUGCUCCUCUCCCUCCGCCAUGGGUCCCUGCGAAUAAGUCUACCAAUGAGCCGCCCGAACUUCCAAGCGAAGAAGAGGAUGAACUGUCUGGCUUUGAAGGUAGUGAAGAAGAUGGCGAAGAAAAUGCCAGCAGUGCUGAUGAACAACAAGGUGAAGAGCAGAGUGACCAGUUGCAGACCUCGCCCGAGAGUUCGUUCAAGGGCGGAGAACACAGUACUGAGGCUAGCCCAACUGGUGGCGUCUUUACCAAGGUUACAAACGUACCGCAGAAGCCACGACCGCUGUUCGGCGAGGUUGGAACGACAGGGCCAAUAUUACCUCCCCCCAAGCCACAGCAGAGUCCGCGAUCACCGAGCCCAGUACGCCAACUUCUCUCGGCGGACAGACUUAACUCUGAGGCAGCUCGGUCCGUAAGUGCUCCGGCACAUCCUCGAUCAGUUAUCGACCAGCGUAAGAACGAGUACCUACAGUCCGGUCUCGCGAGGCAGUCUGCAGAAGCUCAACAACAGGAGUUGGCGAGGCAGAAACAGCAACAGGAACAGCUGGCUCGAAACAGACAACAGGCUGAAAAAUUGCAGCUUCAAGAGUUGAAAGAUGACGAAGACGAGCAACUGCGGAAUGAGUUGCAAGCCCCCAUCCAAGCAGCUGAAACUCUUGACGAUUUCCUGACUUACCAGGCGAAGGCUCCAGAAGAGGGCGCCAAAUCAGGUGUACCGGCGCAGAUCGAGAGACUCUACCGAGACAUCAAUUCCAUGGUCGACACGCUUGGUAUUAACUCGAGAUCCCUAGCCGCGUACAUGAAAUAUCAGCAGGAGCAAGAGCCGAGUAGCAACUGGCCCGACAUACUCGAGUCGGAGACCCCUGCCGAUACAUUGAAUGACGAGUGGUUUCUAGGUGAUAUUCCACGACUCCGUGAAGGGAUAGCGGUGCUUGAUCGGUGCGUUCAGGAGGCGCAGAUCCAAGACGUUGAAGGCAAACUGCAGAGCUGCCAGAAGUUGCUCUCUGAAGACGUUACAGACCUACGCACCAAGCUCGGUUCGAUCAGGAAGACCCUGAACGCCAGGACAAAUCCCGACGCGACUUUGGCGGCGCCUUUGUCCGCUGAGCAAGCUUCAGUCCAGCAUGAUUUACGCAAAUGUUCAGUGUCCGUGCAGAGCAAGCUUGUACAGGUCGAGAAUGCACUUGCCGUGCUACGAGCCAAGGUUGCAGAGAUUGCGCCGGCCGAGAACGGGAGAAACUCAAGUCUUUUUGGAGGAUCAGGCGGCCAAAAGAAGCCGACUGUGGAGGCAGUUACCAAUACUGUAUUGAAGAUGACGAAGAUGGCGGAGCAGAAGAGCUCGGACAUUGAUAUGCUCGAAUCGCAAUUGCGAAAGUUGGAAGUCAAGGGCGUGCUGACUAUGUCCAGCCAUGGAACACCAAAUGGUACGCCCAAACAACGGCAGUCAAUGAGGCCAAACACUCCAGGGAGCACGAGCAGCAUCUAUCACACCCCGGGCUCGAAAUUCGCCGGGAGCACGAGGUCAACCCCAGGUCGCUUGGGCGUGAAUGGUGGUCGGCCAGUGAUAUCAACAGACGACAAGGAGAAAUGGCAAGCCAAAGCUCGGCGAAAGAAGGAGGUUGCGAAUAUGCUCAAGGCAGUCCUAGAGCAGCGAAAGGCGCCUGGCAAUGUGAAGGCUUGA